AUGGGUCAACAUGUCAGUGUCACUAUUCCUCGCUGGAUCGAUAUUCCCGGCGUAAAAAAUUUCAGAGAUAUUGGUGGUUGGCCUUUGAAGGAUGGUAGUGGUUAUAUCAGAGAGAGAACUGUAUUCAGAUGCGGGCAUCUAGUGGAUAUUACACAACAAGGUAUCAAUACCUUAAAGAGACUUAAUGUGAUUGCUGCAUUUGAUUUCCGCUCGGAUCCAGAGAUUGAGCGUCAAGGUGUCAUGCCAGAUAUUGACGGCAUCAAACGUUACCCAUCUGCCAUGUUUACCCAAGCCGAUUAUUCACCAGCAGCAUUAGCCAUACGUUGGAAAGGGUAUUUCGAAGGACCUUAUGGGUUUCCCAAGGUCUAUGCAGUUAUUUUAGAAAAGGGCGCAAGUCAAUAUCGCAACAUUUUUAUGCAUUUAAUUCAGAACCACUCAACCACCACCACGCAAUCUAUCAUUGUUCAUUGUACAGCUGGUAAAGAUCGUACAGGUAUUUUCUGUAUGCUUUUGUUGGGCUUAUGCGGCGUGGAGGAUGAGAUCAUUGCAAACGAAUACGCAUUGAGUAAUCUCGGGUAUUGGGAGCCUGAGCAUGAAUUGGUAAAAAAGGCAGAAAUGUUGGGUGUUACUAUAGAUGACGUGCGCAUGGUGAUGUCUGCACCGUAA